AUGUUUAGUGACAGUGAACAGUUGAAGAAGAACACUGAUCACCAGGUUCAGUUCAUUUUGUUAGCAGUAGAUUUGAAAUACGCCGAUGAAGAUGGUAAUGGAGAUGUACAAGUCAGGUGCAGUGAUGCGGGGCAGCGCUUCAUGGAGAUGCACAACGACCUCAUUCUGGCUUUCAAACAGUUCUGCUAUUCCGUGGCCUCACAUGAUGGUUCUCGUAAUGCUUCAAAGAAUGUCCAGGCCGAUGAAGGAAAUGUUCCUAAUGAAGAAGUUGUCGAAGCUGCUACAAAAACCAGCAGUGGAGUUGUCACACGUUCAAAAAAGUUGAAGGUUGAGGUGAAAAUUCAUGAAAAGAAUUCAAGGAUGAAUUGUUCAAGCCAGGAAACUCAGGCAGGCAGGCCACUCUCGAUCAACAAAAGUUCAAAUGCCUGUUUAAAUUGUGAUGUAAAAUUGGAUUCUGAAGAUUCACUCAUUCAACAUUUGCAAGAUGUUCACGGCUCAACCAUUCUUUUCAAAUGUAACUUUUGUAAGAAAUCGUUUCGCACUAUGGUGAGGUAUAAAUUGCACAAACAUUCUGCUGCGAAAUCUAAUUUGAAAGAUAAGCUCAGCAGGGGCGAAGUUGAUGCUGAUUCAAAACCUGGUCUUAUUUCCUUUCAAGAGGAUUCAGAUGCAAACAGCGUCAACACGAAACCACAGAAGAUCAUUAUAACCAAAAAGCACAAGUGCGACAAGUGCGACAAACGGUUCAUUUAUUCAAUCGAUCUGAAACGUCACCAGCACGUCCACUUAUCUUCUGAACCAACAGCAGAUCGUUUCAAGUGCAAACUCUGCCCUUUGACCUUCACAAACCCCGUCUACCUCCGCAAUCAUUCUUACUCUCAUUCCAGAACUGAUAAAUUUUCAUGUCCGGAAUGCUCCAGACAGUUCAAGCGACGUUGCCAUCUUGUUGAACAUUCGCGAACGCAUAAAAAUGCGAGGCCGUACUCGUGCGAUAAAUGCGGGAAGACGUUCAAACUAGAAAGCUGUCUGCGGUCGCAUGCUGCCGUUCACCGGUCCGAAGCCUGCUACCAAUGCAGCGAGUGUGGCAAGCGCUUCAAACGCUCCUCCUCGUUGCGUCAACAUUCCUUCACGCACGGCGAACGUGGCUUUCAAUGCGACAAAUGCGACAAAAAGUUUUCAAGUCCACAGAAUUUGCGUGCUCACGUGGUAAAUGUUCAUUGCUCGAAUAAUGUAUCACGCGGCAACCAGAACAUUUGUAAAACUUGCGGCAAGUCAUUUAAACACAAACGAAAUUUGAUGUUACACUCACGUUCGCACGAUCCUUCCAGCAUGCUGGCCUGCCACCUCUGCCCAAAAAAGUAUACCAGGGAAGCUGACUUGAAACUGCACUUGCUGGCUCACGGCGACAGACGGCCCUUUGUUUGUGUGAAAUGUCGUCAGUGCUUCAAGACUCCUUCGAACAUGAGGAGGCAUGCCCUGAUGCACUGCAGGUACAAGGGGGGUACACCUCUUAAGGGACGAUCGGCCAAUGAAGUUUCAAAGGAGGAUGAGAGUUUUGAUGAUGAUCCUUCACAACAAUCGCAACAACAACAACAACCACGACAACAAUCACAACAACAACCACAAUCACAACAACAACCACAAUCACCACAACAGUUGCAACAACACCCACAACAACAAUCACAACAACGACCACAACAACAACCACAACAACAAUUACAACAGCAAUUACAAUUUCAUCAACCGACACAACAGAAACCAGCACAAAAUAGCAACGGCUUCUCGAACGUUAAUGAUUCAUACUUACUUGCCAUAUUAACAUCUAGCCCGCCUCAACAACUUUUGCCAACAAACGACGAUGAUCGUUUUGUCUCUCAAGCGAAUUGUCACCAUGAUGAGGAAUUGUUCCAACAAAGCGCGCAACAUCAUCAACAAGUAGGACAGGAACUGCAACGAAUUACGCAAGAUCAUCUCUAUCAGCAGCAGCAGCAGCAGCAAACCACCGAUGAACGACAGCAACUAUUUAAGCAACGCCACUCCCAAAUCACUUAUCAUCAGUCACAGAAAUUAACGACAACCUGGCCAGCCUUACAACAAAUUCAAUAUCUCGUUAACCGACAACAGCACAACCAUGAACAACACCACACGCAACAACAACACAAUCAUGAACAACGCUACACACGACAACAACAUUUCCAAAAACAACAACAACAACACAUAUUGCAGCCUCAGCAGCAGCUGCAACAGCCACCACAGCACUCUCUACAACAACUGACAUUUGUCAACCCCAUGCAUCACUCAUAUUUAGAAAGUAACUCAGUCUCUAGUCAUCUGCAACUUGUCAAUUCAUUCAUUAAUCAUCAGCAUUAAGUAAAAGUCAUUAUAGUAGUAAAGUUGCCACUUAUUAUUGUUAUUCUUGUUCAUCUUUUUUUAUUGUUAUUAUUUUAGCUUAAACAGUCAACUUUUCAGUCAAAUUCAAUUCAAUCCAGGCAAGAGCAGUCAUCAUUUUAUAUAUAGCUGAAGUCGUUAAACAAACAUUCAAUGGGUCUAAUAAAUAACGCUACCUGCUAUGUGUGUGUCUUGCAUUUGUGUGUGCGUGUCUGUGUGCGCGUAUAGGUAUGUCUCACGAACAAGACAAAUGAUGUGAUGAUGUGAAGUCUGUCUAUGGCUACUAAAAUGCGAAUCUGGUAAAUUCCCAAGCUAACUUGUAGCUAAUUAUUUUAUUUGAUAGGAUUGUCCGAUUGAUAUUGAGAGACAUUGCUGAAACUUUCAUACAUUUCCGCCACAUCAAUAAAAUUUCUGUUUAGUCACUUUUUUGAUAUUUUUGGCGUUUUAAAUAAAUCAAUAAGACCAUUA